GGUCUGUUAUUCCAAUUUGCAAGCCUGAGUUGAGGCCUUAUGAAGGUCAAAAAUUUUCUUCUCUUGAGGAAGGAAUUUCAUUUUAUGAAAAGUAUGCUCAGGAGUGUUGUUUUGAUUGUCGAAGAUUUGGAAAUAGGUCUAGUGGUGGUGUUAUUAUUUUUCAGUAUAUUGUUUGCAAUAGACAAGGAUUUCAUACAGUAGAUUCGUUGGAUGUUGAUGUUAAUGUAUCUGAGGAUGGUAAUGUGUCUGAUGAUGAUGAAGUAUCUUCAAAGAAGAGACGUAGACGUGGCACCAAAAGGUGUGGAUGUGGAGCGAGAAUUAGUUUUAAGUUUUUUUCUGAUUUUGGUGAUAAGUAUUACCUUGUGCAUCAGUUUGUUGAGGAACACAAUCAUACUAUGGUUGACAAAGAUCAUAAGAGAUUUAUGAAAGGUAAUCGGAGUUUGAAUGAUGUUCAUCACAAGUUUGUUGAAGAUUGCACCAAAGCUAACAUCGGUCCUACCUCUACUUUUAACUUAUUAAAAGAGUUUUUCGGUGGUUAUGAUGUUGUUGGGUGUACGUUGACUGAUGUUAGGAAUUGUUCACGUGAUAUUAAAGAGAAAUUAAAAGAAGUGGAUGUGCAAAUGAUCCUAAAUCAGAUGCAAGAGAAGAAGAGAAUUUGUGAAGGCUUUUUUUACAAAUAUCAAUUAUCACCUGAAGAUAAUAAGUUAGUGAGCUUAUUCUGGUCUGAUGCUGAGUCUCGGAAGCAUUACCACAUGUUUGGAGAUGUUGUAGCAUUUGAUACAACAUAUUCAACAAACAGGUAUCGUAUGGUGUUUGGUCCAUUUACUGGGAAAGACAAUCAUGGGUGUCCUAUUGCGUUUGGAGCUGGUUUCGUAUCCGGUGAGAAUUGUGAUGCAUUUUCAUGGCUUUUCACUGUAUUUGUUGAAUGUAUGGGUGUUGCUCCAAGAAUCAUAAUCACUGACCAAGAUUGGGGAAUGAGGCUUGCCAUUGAGAAGGUAUUACCUGGUACAAGGCAUCGUUUGUGUAUGUGGCAUAUUAUGAGCAAGUUAUUUGAGAAGAUACCUAAAUCAAUUUCUGAUAGAGAAAAGUUUAGUAAGGAGUUUAAGUCUUGUGUUUGGUCAGAGUUGUUAGAUCCAGAUGAGUUUGAUAUAUUAUGGACUAGUAUUGUUGAAAAAUAUAGUGUAGAAGAUCAUAAGUGGUUUAAGGAUAUGUUUUUGAUCAGACAGAUGUGGAUCCCAACCUUCUUUAGAGAUGUUCCUAUGGGUUCUUUAAUGAGAACAACAUCUUUUUCAGAAUCUGAAAACAGUUUUUUUAAGAGGUACUCGAAACCGUUGUUCAAUUUUGCUGACUUCACUCUUCAGUAUAACAAUGCCAUUGAUGCUCAAAGGAAUCAAACUGAAAGGCUUGACUAUUAUGAUUCUGUAAUCACUCCAAAAUAUGUCACUGAUUUAGCAUUUGAGAAGCAAUUGGCAUCUCAUCAGAAACUUUGA